GUUUUAAAGGUGUGCCGCAUUUCCAAAUCGCGGCCAACAUGUCGAAUGGUGUUGCCUUCUGGCACAAAGAUGUCUGCAAAAACCCGUCAUGUCAGUGCGGCAAGUCCUCCAUCCAAAUCCUUCUGGAUUGGUUGUCGGUUUACAACGGCGAUGUGUACAUCAACUUUGUUCGUUGGCGCGGAGGCACCCGCUCGAAAGACGGCAUGAAUAAGGUUAGCAUUGCUUCCGAAAUCUCGCAGAUUCUACACCGCGAGCACAGCAUUGUGCGCAACAUCGACAGUAUCAAAGCCAAUAUACAAGAGUUGAUCGAUUCCUACGGCAGAGCGAAAGAUUUCAUGGGCUACACCGGCGAAGGCUUGUUGUCCGCUGCAGAUGAACGCUAUCACGACCCAACUGCUCCAGGCUACUUGGUAGAAGUUGAUACAAUUCGGGAUAAGUGCUUCAAGUUGUGCAAGCACUGGGAUGUGCUCGAAAAGGUCAUCGGCGAUAGAGCAUCGGCCCGGCCUCUCCUCCGUUCAAGUAACGACGACGAUGACGACUAUUCAGUCGACAUGCUCAACACAUCAACAUUAUCUGAAAAUGGUGAUGAAAACAUCGUAACUGCAAACGAAACGGCGGAAUACGUUCCAGGCUCGCCCCCCAAAGCCACCGGAAAAAGAAAGAGCGAACCGGACAAGUUUGGAUUUGGCUCGGGGAAGAAGAAGCUGAAGACCGAAUCCGGUGGCAAGAGAAGUUUUGGCGUCGGCGAGAGCCUAAUGCAGGGGCUUAAGGCCCAGGCUCAAGUUCAGGCAGAUUUGUCGCGGGAGGUGCUGGCGAGCCGGGCGGCGGAGUUGCAGCUCCGAAAGGAAAAUGAAGAUCGACAUUUUAUGCUGCGCAUGCGUGAAAUUGACCUCAAGGCCAAAGAGCUCAGGCACAAGCAAAUUAUUGAAGAGGCACGUCUCAUGUCGUCCAUGUCGUUUGAUAAAGCGGAUGUGAUGGAGUAUAUUCGUGAUGAAUUGUCCAAAAUUCAAUAAAAACAAUAAACCCUUGAUUUACACUCAUA